AACGUAGGUUAUAAAAUAAAAUAAAAAAAUACACCGUGUCGUUGGACAUACAUAAUUAACGUCAAUUUGAUUGGUGAUCGAUUUUCGCGUCAAUGCCUAGUGUGACAAGGAUUGUUGGACCAUAAGCAUUAUAGAGUCACUGGUGGACGGUAGUUGUUGGCUGUUUACGUAUCGUGUCUUUGCCUUGUUGACAUUCGAUAGAAAACUCGAGCGUUGAUCGCCUGCUUCAACUACGACAACGUCUCUAAGGGAAAAGGAGACAAAAACGACGUCAUGGAGAGUGUAGCAUGGCACAGACCGCUGUCGGCGACGUCGCGGCAGGAGGAGGAGUUAAUGCAGAAGUCUGCGCGCGCGCUGGCCGCCGCCACCGACCCGCUGGAGAAACUGCGCCUGCUCUGCUUGUCGCGCGGCGCGUCUGGCAUACUGGGGCUUGGAAGGAUCUUCCGACGAAUGGAUGACGAUGGCAGCAAGCAGUUGAACCAGGAAGAGUUUAUCAAUGGGAUCAAGGAAACUGGACUAGAACUUAACCAUGCGGAUGCAGUGGAGCUGUUCAACAGGUUCGAUACAGACAAGAGUGGUUCCAUCAGCCUUGAUGAGUUCUUAAUACAGAUUCGUCCUCCCAUGUCGGAGUCUCGCAGGGCUAUCGUGGAGCAGGCGUUCAAGAAGCUGGACAAGACAGGAGACGGAGUCAUCACCGUCGAUGAUAUCCGAGGAGUCUACUCUGUUACUGCACAUCCCAGAUACAUGAGCGGUGAAGAGACAGCAGACUUGAUCCUGAACAAGUUCCUGGCAAACUUCGAGUCUGAAGGAUCAGUCGACGGCAAAGUUACUCUGGAGGAGUUCAUGAACUAUUACAGUGGGAUCAGCGUUUCAAUCGACAAUGAUUGUUACUUCGACCUGAUGAUGCGGCAGGCUUACAAGCUGUAAGGGAAUUAACAGACGCCUCGACUAAAGUACGGACACCACAACCCUGUACCCUUAAUACCAGUUUGCUUUACGUUUAAUGUAAUCGAAAGGAUACGGCGCUAUGAUUGGCCGGCUCGAAUAAAGCAACCAAUCAGAGUGUCGAACGCGCUCUCGUUUCGAUUACUUUAAACGUAAAACAAACUUGUACUAAGGUUACUGAUGUAAACGAAAACGGUAUCGACAAAUUACACCCAAAUACUAAAAUGCUACUUACUUUUGAGUAUUUGCCCAUGAGAUAGUUAGAGAAAAUAAAUUAACUAAGUAACAGCAAGGCUAAUAGAUAGGUAUUCGUAAUCUACACGAGUUGGUUGUGUCAUUGGAGCCGGCCAAUCACAGCUCAAGAGUCAAACUCGUACUAAGCUCUCAGGGGCCUUAGUCUGCUAUUACAAUUGUGUCAGAAUGGUCGAUCACUGAGCAGUGCGAGAGAGACGGAGCUAUACAACCUUCAUAGCUCCGUCCCUCUCGCACUGCUCAAUGAUCGACCAUUCUGACACAAUUGUAAUAGCAGACUAAGGCCCCUGGUAUGGUGUAGUAAUUUGGUGUUCUGUACUUCGUAGGCUCACAUUUAUCUUUAAUUUUGCACCAACUUCUUUCGGUGACCGUUUAGACGUUCCUGUGUGCACUUAUAUUUCUAAUAUAAUUUAAUACAGUUUGUUUUAUUUAAUAAAUUAUUAUCGUGUGGUAUGAUAUUUAUGUUGGUUUCAAUAAAUUAUAUUCCUUUAAAA